AUGUGUCGCGGAAGUGAAUCAAUUUCCCGCGGCACUAAACUCAUUAGCACACAAGCUCGCCUUGCAAGUUCCCCGGCGAGGCUACCUUGCUACUCGCGCAACAAGAUGGCACUGCGUUCGAACGAGGACGGACAGGAGGCGCGCGCCGCACAUUGCCGCGCCGACGUUUAUGGCCGGCCGGGCGAGGGCAAUCAGCGACGCGGGCCGACCGAGGCGCGCCAAGCGGCCGGCGCUGCGCCCAUCAAUCUGCAGCAAGAAGAGCCAAACACUCGCGCUGAAGUUGGACACCCGCGCGGAAGUUUCAAGGACGUUCGGUAGUACAGCUUUGCGCUCUUACCUUCAUCCUUUCUUGACGCUAUCGUCCUAUCUGCGUGCAAAAGGUAUUAAAGACCCGCUGGGCUAAAUGUGAACUCAGUCUAGCCACGACACCAAAAAAAAACUAAACACAGGCUCCGCACGGUGGGAAACAGCUGGAACUUCCCCGCUGGACAUGAUGUCGACCCCAUCGUAGUGGUCACGAGCAAAACCGGCCAGGAAGAGACGGACGACCUGCGACACUCACGGGUGCGCGGCGGCUCCAUCGUGCUGCGACAGGAGGGGCGCGCCCCCGGCCCCCUCGUGAGACGAGGCACUGCGCCGCGCAGCCCCCGCCCCGCGCGUUGCCCUCCAGAGAAAAACCCCGACUCCGCGCGCGGGCCUCCAGUUGGCCCCGGCUGGCCGCUGGCGUUGGCCUUCAUGACGCUCCGCAGGACCAAUGCGAGGCCGGCCUGUGCCGCAUAA